GGGGUGGGACACAGUGGGUGGAAACCAUCGAGUCAUCCAGUGUUUAAAGACGUCUGAGACCAGUUUGAUACCAGCUCAGCCACUUCAGCAGACACCAGUCCCACUCCCACAGAGGACAGAAGCAGAGGACAGGAGAAUGGAUCCUUUACCCACCAGCCUCCCUGCUAAUCUGACCUCACUGGCAGAAAAUGGAGACCAAACAUUCAACAGUAGCUGUUCAUCCGUAUCUCAUGAGUGGGUCUACAGCUUUGUCCCGGUGUACAUCCUGUCCAUCUCCGUGCUGGGAAUGGCGUUGAACAUCUUUGUUCUGAUGGUUUUCAUCCUCCAUAAGAAGUCCUGCUCCGUGGCUGAGAUCUACAUGGGAAACCUGGCUGCUGCUGACUUGCUUCUGACCUCCUUCUUGCCUUUCUGGGCUGUUAGUGGUUGGAAUCGGUUCGAGUGGAAGUUUGGUCUCGCUAUGUGCAAAAUCGUCAAUGUGGCGAUUCCGAUGAACGUCUACUGCAGCAUCUACUUCCUGAUUCUGGUCAGCAGCGAUCGGUACCUGGCUCUGGUCCACCCGCUGUCUCAUCAAAAACUGCGUCGGCCAAAAUGUGCUAAAAUUUCUUGCGUCCUGGUUUGGAUUCUGGGUUUCCUUCUCAGUCUUCCGAAGCUCAUCAACCGGACUGUGGAAGGGUUCAGUUGUUAUGAAGAACAUGAUCUCCUAUCUCUCAUAAGCGACAUCAUGUUUUUGGUGUUUGGGUUUUUUAUUCCCAUUUCAAUCAUCCUGUUCUGCACCAUCAAGAUUCUCCAAACUCUAGGAAGCAGAUUUAUGGAAGAGGAAAAAGCAAAGAGGAAGGAUAGGAAGGCCACCACUUUGGUCCUGGCCGUCUUGCUGGCAUUCCUGAUCUGCUGGGUUCCAUUUUAUCUGAUCAAGAUACCAUCCCUGCUCAACGAUUUUGGUUACCUGCAGGACUGCAACUCUAGAAUCAUCAUGUUCUACUGUGGGCAGAUCUUCAUGUACCUAGGCAUCUUCAACAGCGUUCUUAAUCCGAUUCUCUACGUCAUUGUUGGGAAAAAAUUCCAGAAGAAAGUUAGGGAGCUCUUCACGCAGUUGAACCACCGGCGGGGUUCCACCUUCAGCCUCAUUUCUGCAAGCACCAAAAUAACACGAAGUGUUAAACUCCAGUUACAGGCGGAGCCACUUAAAGACGCUGAGUAAAGCCAGCGGCUGCCUUCCGUUUUUCAGAUGGUGACCAGAAG